GGGGAGCGUUCUCAAGGCCUCCAUGGGCUCGGGGCCCCGCCAGCUGCUGGGGCAGAGGAGUAGAGCAGGUGGGGCAAUGCCGGGCUGAGUGCUGACACUCCAAGCAGAGGACAAGCAGGGGCUGGAGGAAGAGGGUGUAUUGGAGCUUGGAUGUGGUGAGUUUGAGGUGCCUGGAGAUCGGCCAGGCCGGGAGUUCACUUGCUCUGAGAAAGGCCGAGGGAACUUGACAAGCAUCCUCAGUACCCAGAGUUCCAGCGUGCUCAGAACUGAGGGGAGGCGCUGGAGGGCUCAGUUAGGGGUCACCAGCAUGUGUGUCAUGAAAAAGUCAGAAGGCAGACUGGUGGGCUGAGUGGUGGGGGUCGAGGGGGCUGUCUUGCAGGUUUCAGGGGCUGGGCCAAGGGCCAGAGCUAUCUGGGAGGGCUGUGAAUCAGAGCCUAGGUGAGAUCCAUGAGACUGGGAGAGAGGGGGAGACCUCGAGGCUCAGGCCAAGGCUGAAGAGGGGUGCCUCUGCUCUGCAACCCCAGGAGGGCAGGGCCAGAGCGCCUAAAGCCAUCCCCGCCUGCUCUCCACCUACAGCGCCUGUCCAGGAACUGUCCAGCACCAGGUGCUCCUGAAGGAGGAUGGGCUUCCCUCAGAAGCCCCUGGGCCCUGGUGUAGCUUAUGGUCCUGGGCCCUACUCCUUGCUCAGCUAACAUGUGCUUCCUGCAGGGCCCAGCUUUGGGUUCCCCUGCCCUCCAGCCUGUCAGAAUGCCCCCUUCUCUGAGGGUAGGCAUCUCCUUUCCCGAAGCAGGACUUGGGUCCCCCACUGUGCUCUCAGAGUGAGAGCUCCCCAGGGACAGGGCCCUGUUGGGAGCAUCGUGUGCUACAGAAAGGGACAGAUCUGAACUUGGCUCCACGCUCUCCUCUCACCCAUUCUGUGGCCCUUGACCCACCCACCUGCCUCCUGACAGGUAGCAGACAACCAGUAGAAAUCCAGUGAGUGACGAGCCCCUCGCCUCCCUGGCCCGAAACCCAUUCCCUCAUCUGUGCAAUGGGAGAAUCCUCUCUUCCUGGCAGAGAAGAUGUGAGGGAGAAGGGCUUUAAACAGGGGCAUAGCCCAUUUGGAUGUGGGUCCUAGAAAGAAUACCUUGGCCACACUAUGGAGCAUGAAUUUGUUGGAGGUUGGAGCAACAGUGGGAAACAGGCUGAGGAGGAGACCUCUGCAGCCAUCUGCCCAGAGCAGAGGGGGAAAAAAAGGAAACGGAUGCAAGACAUUUAGGAAGUAGAAGCAGAAGAGCUUUGAUUUUUAAACAAUUCACUUAUUUCAUCCUCAUGACAGCCCUUUGAAGUCAGUGCUGUUAUUACCCUCCGUUUGAACAGGUGAGGAAACUGAGGGCCCAGGAGCCCAAGUCACUUACCCACCGUCACAUAGCCAGGAAGCAGAGGAGCUGGGAUUCAAACCCGGAUGGCCUGGCUCCAGAUCUCAGGUUUUGAACCACUCCCCUGUCCCAACGUGUCGAAUGACCAGAUGUGGAGUGUGAUGGGAGCAGCUGUGGGGUGCAGCUAUGGGGCCCCCUAUGAUGGGGAGUCUGCAGGGCCCAGAGCCAGCAGGGCUUGUCAAGGUUGGGGGCAUCAGUGAAAGCUAGGGGGCUCAGCAGAAGAGUUGCCACCCUCCCACAGUGUCAGAGGCUGGGAGUUGUGUGAAAGGCAUGAAGGUGUGCUGGGCACAGGGCUGCUGUACCAUCUUUAACAGCUGCCUUCCAGCAAUGCUCCUCGGCACAGGCCUUGGGCCAUGAAGCAAUGUGAGUACAAGAGCAGGAUGGUCCCACUUUACAGCUAUGGAAACUGAUGCUCAGAAAAGCCAGGACCACCUGAGUGCCCCACCUCCCCACAAUCAUACAGCGGCAGCAUCCCAAGGGCUCUUGAUGUGCACCUGUCACUAGUUAGAGCUCCCUCCCAUACCCACUCUGCAGCAAAGUCCCAGCAGGUUCAAGGGUGUGAAGACCAGAAGCCAUGCCCACUUCUGCCUUCUGCCAGGGUCAUGGUUUGCACAGAUAUUCUGGUUGGGAGGGGUCGGGGAAUUCCAGCCACACCCCACUCUUGCAGGAACCUUGGUUCAGAGCCUGCCCUGUGGGGAGACUUUCUGGGGGUGGGGUGAGGUGGGGAGUAGACUUGAGAACCAACGCCCAAGGACCCAAAAGUGAAAGAGAAUGUGCCCUGUGUGCUGUCUGCCUCCAUCUGCAGGGUAGAAGACUCAGGCAGCCAGCAGGCAGAGGUAUCCUGGCUGAAGGACCGGGCUGCCCGGAGGUUGCCUCUGUCCUACAGGGGGAGGGGUGCAGAGAGAGGGCUGGAGGAGACUGUCCCACAGAGGCCAGGAGAGCAGCUGGAGGAACAGCAGGGUGGAGGAUGGAAAGAGCCUUCACUGUAAAGUGCAGCGUUGAGUGGGCCGGGCCAGGCCAGUGGUCCUGAGAAGCCCAGAGGAGAGGACUCCGUGGGCAUGAUUGGGGCUGGCUUCCUUGAAGACAGGGAAGAGUAUCUGGCAUUCCUCUGAACCCCGUGAUGAGUAAGGGUGCAGAAGAAGGGCGGGGCAUUUUGGUGAAAGAUGCUGCCCAGGGGCAGCCUGGCGGGGCAGGCUUCAGGGUACUGUGGCUAGUUGGCACUGUGGGGCCUCCUUCCAUUCCCUGGGGUCACUUGUCUCCUGUGGUGGGGAGGCCGGCUCCAGCUGGGGCUCCCCAGGCCGCUGCCCACUGUGUGGUGGAUCGAUUGGUCACUCCUUGGCCCAUUAGAGGGGGUGGCUGGGCAGCCUCAUCAAUAUUUUAAGGAAUGACCUGGCCGUGGGGUCCGGAACUGUGUGCCAGCAGGGCUGACAACUGGCUUUUUUUCUUUUCCAAUUGUCAGCGCUAUUUUUACCACCGGAAGGCCAGCCGCCCCCUCUCUCAGGCGUCUAACCGGGUGGGGGUGGGGGGUUCUCCCGACUGGGUUCCUGGCAGAGGGGAUAGGAGAGUCUGUGGCUUGGAAAGGCAACAGGAAGGGACUCGAUUAGGCUUCCCCUGCCCUCCUCAUCCCCUGCCCCACCUCCCUGAAGCCCUAUUCCAUCCACCUGGGCCCUGGCUAGAUGGGAGAAAAAAAACAUUUUGCCAGGAGGAGAAGCCAGACAGCCCAGCUGAGCCUCGAAAAACCCCAGGGUGAUGAAUUAAGGAAGAGUGGCCUGCCCACCCAGGGCCCUGGGGAGCCAGCACCUGAUCCCCGGACCCGGGUGGGCUCCCUUUAUCUACAGGCCCGGUCCUCAUAGAAGCCUGUGAAGGCGAGAGGCAAUCACUUGCCUACCCGUGGUCCCAGUGGGGUGACAGUGGGACCCCGGUCUUCAGUGUCCAAGGGCCGUGACAGUCAGGGACCCCUAGAAGCCACUGCUCCAGCCCCACAUUUUUUUGAUAAGAAGGCAAGGCAGAGCACAGAUUUCCCACUGCCCAAGCAGACGCUGUCCCGCAGGACACUGACUCAGCAGGUCUUCUCUUGCUCCCUGGGGCUGUAGUAGGAGGAGCUGGGACCCUGCCCACAGAAGCAAGAGGGCCAAGGACCACAGGGACUGUGAGAGCUCAGGGAGGGAGGGCGUGUAGGGGGAAGAAUUCCUGGAAGAAGAGAGGGUUUUACACAGUUUCAAGGCCAAGUAGAAUUUGAACAAUGGCAUGCGCUGCAUGAUGACAUGUCGGUCAACAAGGACUACAUAUACGACGGUGGUCCCCUGAGAUCAGUACCAUGUAGCCUAGGUGUGUAAUGGGCUAUCCCAUCUAUGUUUGUGUAAGUGCACGCUAUGACGUUCACACCACGAUGAAACCGCCUAACGACGCAUUUCUCAGAAUGCAUCCCGGUCGUCAAGUGACGUGCAACUGUACCGGGCAGAGUGAGGAAGGCAGUCCAGGCAGGAGAGGAGGACACAGGGAAAGACUGAGGUGGGAGUUCCCAAGGAAUCCCUGGCGGAGGGAGAGCCCGAGCCAGCUGGAUUCAACUCAGAAAACUUCCAGGCCAGUCCGGACAGUGGGGGCUGGGUAACUUUAUCCACCCUGCUUCUGGUACCUCGGGGUUCCCCUCCCUCUAAAGCCGAGCCCUCUUCCCUGUGCCUUGGAGCCCCCCCUUCGCAGAGACCCAUGUCUGGGCCUCAGUCUCCCCAUCUGUAACUAGAUGUGGGGCUCCCUGCGGGCUCUGCUGCUUGCAACUUUUAUCUCUGGCUGCUCAACCCCUGCAACACAGAAGUUCUGGCUGGACCCAGGGGACACCAAGGGCUGCUGUGCUGGGCAUCAGACCCAUAGGCCCCUGGCCAGCCAGCAAGCGUGGGUGGGAGAGGUGAAAGCAGGCCCAGCCUCCCAGGGCCUCCGAGGCCAGCUCCUGCCUGGGACCUGGCCACAGCCACCAUACCCUUGGCAGAUUCCUCUGAGUGGCACCCCUACCCCAGUGAGAGUGAGCUGGGACCUCCCUGUGAGAGCCUCUCUCCAGGGCCCUGUCCCUCCACUCUGCCCCUCCUCCCUGCCAGGGAUAUUCCCAGCCUGCAAGAAGAGUGGAGGGGAUGGGGGUUGAUCCCUGAAGAUGCAGCACGGGGACCAACUUCCUCCCUCUUCCCAUCUGCCCCGUGUGGGGGCAUAAUUAUGUCAAACAGAGGCGUCCACAUUUCAUGCUUGCUCCCGUGCUGGCCCUUCCCAGGCUGCCAUGUCACCCGGUCUUACCUUCCUGGUGGUCCCAGUGGUCCAUGGGGAGCACUGCCCUGCUGAGUAAAUGGAUGGGCUUGGAGCACACAGACAGGGCCUCCUGGCGUUAGCUGCAGGGCUUCUCCCUGACUCUCACCCCCCAAAAUGCGCCCUGUCCGCAGGUCAGGCCACAGCUGCGGCUCUCCACCUUCCCUGGAGGCCUCGGUGGUGGUGGCACGUGCGUUCCUGCCUCCACCCCACUCCUGGCAUGUGACUCAGGGCUGCCUUCUGCCCCCAAAGGGUGCCUAUGCCAGAUGGGGACUCAGACAUGGAAACGGACACCUGGAAUACCCUGCAGUUGGCCCCUUGCUAGAGGGAUGGACAGGAGGGGACUGUGGGAGCUCAGAGGAGACACUCAUGCCACCUGGGCAGGGGAGGCAUGGAGAGGUCGGGGAAGGCUUCCUGGAGGAAGAGGCCCUUGGAUUAAUUAUUGAAGGAUGAGUAGGAGUUAGCCAGAUGGAGAAAGGAGGAAGAGCAGGGCAGGAAAAAGGCCCAGCAUGAGCCACGCUCAUGGGUGCCUCAGCCUCCCUUCUCCCAGCCCCGCCCCCCAUGUCCUGACAAGUCUUCCUCCAAGUUGUUGCUCACGCCUGCAGUGAGGUCACUCUGCAGCCUCCAUACGGGCCCCGCCUCCCCUAGGAAACCUUCUUAACUCCCUGCUCCCCUCACCCCCAAUACCAGGGCAGGAGUCUCCGAGGAGACCUGCUGGUUUGCAGAACUGUCCUCUGUGCUUAGUGGCCUCAUCAAGUGGCCCCUUUCCUCCCUGGGCUGUCCUGUGGUUAUUGACUGCAGAUCAUGGCGAGGCUGCCCCAAGGUGAGAGGGAAUUCCCACGGUGCCCUGUGGCCCAGAGGCCCCACGGAUGAUCUCACAGAAGUGGGGCAGCUAUUUUUACCGGCGUUUAAUUACAGAGUUGGGAUCCCAGGUCAGAGAUGAGAUGGUGCUUCCAGGGGCUGUGAGGGGAGGGCCAUGCCAGGAGAUGGGGGGGGCUCCUGGGAGGGCAGGCGGCGGCGUGACCCUGCUCUCAGUGCCCCUAAUGCUAGACAGGCCCCCUCAGAUAGGGGCUCCCCAGGGCAGGGCCUAACCACAUCACCCCACUUAUUCUCCCCGCGUGAUUUUCACCCUGGCCCGGGAGGCAGGGGGGAUGCAUAAAGCCAAUGGGCUGGGCCUGCGCCCCAGGGCUGAUGCCAUCUUAGGGAGGAGGAGGCAAGGCCCCCAAAUGACUGGACACACACCCUAUAGUUUGAUGAUCCAGGGUGAUCAAGGACGGAGGGCCCUGGGAAGAGAAGGAGGCAGCUGGGUGAGGGGAUGGCUGGGAUUCUGGAGUGGGGCCUCUUCAGGAAGGUGGGAUUGGAUGGGAGGUCUGGAGGGGCAGGAGGGCAGGAGGCGGGAACACAAGUAGAGCGGGCAGGCCGAGAAGUCUGAGGAGCAGCACCUUCCAUGCCAGGAGGACAAAUUGGUCAUACUGGAUCCAUACCGGGAGGUGACCCCUAGGCCUGGAGUCAGGGCAAGAAUCCCAGGCCCGUCACUCACAAGCUGUGAGUUCUCAGGCCCCAAGUGAGGGCUUAGGCACCGACGGCUGUGACACACCUGGGGUGCUGAACACAUUCAUUUCUUCAUUUAUUCAUUCAGUGUUUACUGAUCACCUGCCAUGUGCCCAGCAUGGGGGACACAGCCACUUAGAAGACUCAAAAUCCCUGCCUUGUGGAGCUGGCAUUCUCAGGGGAAGGGUGCGGUGGGGUGUUGGGGUAGGACAACACAACCAAGUGAGUGAAUAAAUGGUAUGUCAGGUGGGGCUGCCUGCACUGCUGGAGCAGGAGGAUUUCUUAUUCUCAGUAGGGUGGUGGUCAAGAAAGGCUAUCGGAAACCGGAAGGAAAUGAGAGAGUGUGGGAAAAGAACAUUCCAGGCAAGGGCAAGAGAGAAGGGCAAGUGCAAAGGCCCUGGGGUGGGACCCAGCUGCAGCCAGAGCAGAGUGGGCAAGGAGAAGAGUGGCAGGAGAUAAGCUCAGAGAGGUAAAUGGAGGCAGACCAGGUGAGGCCUUGGGGGCCAUCGGUAGGACUCUGGCUCUUACGCUGAGUGGAAUGGGAGCCAUUGCAAGAUUUUGAGCAGAAGAGGAACUGAUCUGUCUUAUGUUUUAAAAAUGAUGACUGGGUUCCUGGGUGGAGAACAGACCAUAGAGGGGUGAGGUCAGGUUUCCGGGGCCCAGUGGAGAGGCUGCUAAAGGAGUGAAAGCAAGAGAAGGGGUUCUGAGGGUCCCUGGACAGCAGCCUGGACCAGGAGGAGGGGGGCAGGGGUUGGGCUCUUGGCGUAUUUCACAGACAGAGCCAUGAGCAUUGCACAUGACUUCUUCCUGUGCACCAGGCUGUGGGGGUCCUCAGAAGUUACCUAGGAAAGCAUGGGGACCCCACUUCAAGGCACCUGUCGUCCCAGCGUCCUUGGCCAGCCCCAGGAAUGACCUCGGGGUUCCCUGAGGCUGCUGUUUGAAGAAGGGGCUCCCCUCUUGCAGACACUGCUUCGGCCUCCCUGGCUGUCCUCUUCACACGCUGGCGCUGCUCCGAAUGGCUGCAUGUUGUAGCCGCCGCCCACCACACUCAUGCAGACACACACAGCCCCAGGGAGCCCUGGGGGAGCUAGCCACGGUGGGGGGACAGGGGCGCUCUGAUCAGACGUCAGAAGCUCACUCCGCGCCCUUCUCGCCUGCAGCCGCAGGGGGCUGCGAUGGGACGGGAGCCAUGAAUGGUGCCGCCCCAGGCCCCGCCGCCGCCGCCGCCCCGGUCCCGGUCCCGGUCCCGGUCCCGGACUGGCGGCAGUUCUGCGAGCUGCACGCGCAGGCGGCCGCCGUGGAUUUUGCGCACAAGUUCUGCCGCUUCCUGCGCGACAACCCGGCCUACGACACGCCCGACGCUGGAGCCUCCUUCUCCCGCCACUUUGCCGCCAACUUCCUGGACGUCUUCGGCGAGGAGGUGCGCCGCGUGCUGGUGGCCGCGCCGGCGUCCCCCGAGGCCAUGGAGCCCGAGGCGGCGGGGCCCCCGGCGCUCAAGGCGGCGGCGUACGGCCACUCGCGGAGCUCGGAGGACGUGUCGGCGCACGCGGCGGCCAAGGCCCGCGUCCGCAAGGGCUUCUCGCUGCGCAACAUGAGCCUGUGCGUGAUGGACGGCGUGCGCGACAUGUGGCACCGGCGCGCCUCGCCCGAGCCCGACGUGGGGGCCGCCCCGCGGGCCGCCGAGCCCCCGGCCGAGCCGCGUGACAAGUGGACGCGGCGCCUGCGGCUGUCGCGGACGCUGGCGGCCAAGGUGGAGCUGGUGGACAUCCAGCGCGAGGGCGCGCUGCGCUUCAUGGUGGCCGACGACGCGGCCGCGGGCCCCGGGGGCACCGCGCAGUGGCAGAAGUGCCGCCUGCUGCUGCGCAGAGCCGUGGCCGGUGAGCGCUUCCGCCUCGAGUUCUUCGUGCCACCCAAGGCCUCCAAGCCCAAGGUCAGCAUCCCUCUCUCGGCCAUCAUCGAGGUCCGCACCACGAUGCCCCUGGAGAUGCCAGAGAAGGACAACACGUUCGUGCUCAAGGUGGAGAACGGAGCAGAGUACAUCCUGGAGACCAUCGACUCCCUGCAGAAGCACUCAUGGGUGGCUGACAUCCAGGGCUGCGUGGAUCCCGGGGACAGCGAGGAAGACACCGAGCCCUCCUGUGCCCGGGGAGGCUGUCUGGCCAGCCGCAUGGCCUCCUGCAGCUGUGAGCUCCUGACGGACGCAGUGGACCCGGCCCGGCCCCCAGAGACAACAGCAGCUGUGGUGACAGCCCCGCAUAGCCGAGCUCGAGAUGCAGUCAGCGAGUCCCUGGUCCAUGUCCCACUGGAGACCUUCCUAGAGACCCUGGAAUCCCCAGGCGGCAGUGGUGGCGACAGCAAUAACACAGCCCCACGCCCCUCACACUGUCAUCCCUCUGCAGGGGAGGAGGGAGCAGAGCCGGAGCCGGAGGCCGAGCCCGCGCUGGAGCUGUCCGACUACCCCUGGUUCCACGGCACGCUGUCACGGGUCAGGGCGGCUCAGCUGGUGCUGGCGGGGGGGCCCCGGAGCCACGGCCUCUUCGUGAUCCGCCAGAGUGAGACUCGGCCGGGGGAGUACGUGCUGACCUUCAACUUCCAGGGCAAGGCCAAGCACCUGCGCCUGUCCUUGAACGGCCACGGGCAGUGCCACGUACAGCACCUGUGGUUCCAGUCUGUGCUUGACAUGCUCCGCCACUUCCACACCCACCCCAUCCCGCUGGAGUCAGGUGGCUCAGCAGACAUCACCCUGCGCAGCUAUGUGCGGGCCCAGGGCCCCCCACCUGGGGCUGUGGAGAACUCGGAAUGCGAUCCCCACCCCCAGGAGAAAAGGAAGAAACCUCUUACUGUCUCCAGCAAGGGGCUCCCAGGGUCUGCCAGGACCACACCAUCCAGCCCUAUGCUGUCAGAUCUCUCAGCUCUCCCUUCAGCCAGCCACCAGCCAGGCCAGCAAGCCGGAAAAUGCUGCCUCCUGCCUCCAGGCAUGAGGCUGAACUUGCUCCAAGGAGGUCACUGCCCUGGGAAUCGAGCAGCCUGCUUCCGGCUUGAGACUCCGCCCCAGCCCCGCCCGCCUGGGAGACUGCGCUUGCGUCCCUGGCGCGCGGCUCUGUCGUCAUACGUGCGCGCCGCCGCUUGCCGGGGAAGGAGGAAAGCUGUCAUGGCGAGCUCCGCCGCCUCCUCGGUGCGACCACCGAGGCCCAAGAAAGAGCCACAAGCGCUUGUCAUCCCCAAGAAUGCGGCAGAGGAGCAGAAGCUCAAGCUGGAGCGGCUCAUGAAGAACCCGGACAAAGCAGUUCCAAUUCCAGAAAAAAUGAGUGAAUGGGCACCUCGACCUCCCCCAGAAUUUGUCCGAGAUGUAAUGGGUUCAAGCGCAGGGGCCGGCAGUGGAGAGUUCCACGUGUACAGGCAUCUUCGCCGGAGAGAGUACCAGCGACAGGACUACAUGGAUGCCAUGGCUGAGAAGCAAAAAUUGGAUGCAGAGUUUCAGAAGAGACUGGAAAGGAAUAAAAUUGCUGCAGAGGAGCAGACUGCAAAGCGUCGGAAAAAGCGCCAGAAGUUAAAAGAGAAGAAGUUAAUGGCAAAGAAGAUGAAACUUGAACAAAAGAAACAAGAAGAAGCUAAACAUGAGUUACUGAUGUCUGCGACUCUACUCCCUUGCCAUAUGGAUCAUUCUAGCCGCCUCAACUUGUUUGCCUGUAACCUCCCACUCAAACAGAUCCAGUCAGUCCCAGGAGCAGCCGUCCAGCAGCUCUGAGGAGGCGUCUGGAACAGAGGAGGAGGAGGAGCCCAGCUUCAUCAUGGGGCGGUGACGACGUGUGCCACAGCGGCUGUCUGGAGCCUGGCACACCGUGACCACGGCUUCAGAAAACCCUCCGCACGACUGAGGGGAGGGGGCUGUUUCAGCUCAGUUUCCC